AUGGAGAAACCUAAGAACAAAUUUGCUGGGUCGGGGCUAGAUAAAACUAAAUCCUUUAAGCAAAAGAAGAAAAUCCAUAAGGGCUCAAGAGGAUAUGGAUUGAGAUAAAUCGCUAGAAUGACUAUCGGCACCGGUAACUUGCAACUUGCUGUUGAAUUACCUGCUGGAGAAGAUCUAAACGAAUGGCUUGCUGUUAACACUAUUGAAUUCUAUAAUGAGAUCAACGUACUCUAUGGUAUACUGACUGAAUUCUGUACAGCUGAGAUCUGUCCCACUAUGUCAGCUGGUCCUAAGUACGAAUAUCUCUGGGCAGACGGUCACAAUGUCAAAACUCCACUAAAAGUUAGCGCAUCUGAAUAUAUUGAUUUUCUGAUGACAUGGGUUGAGAAUUAACUUAACAAUGAGAAAAUAUUCCCUUGUGCCCUAGGUGUCCCUUUCCCCAAAAACUUUAUAAAUAUAAUAAAGGUGAUCUUCAAGCGCCUAUUCAGAGUCUAUGCUCACAUAUAUCAUACUCAUUUCUAGCACAUUAUGUUGCUCUCAGCUGAGACCCACUUGAACACAUGCUUCAAGCAUUUCAUCUACUUUAUUGACUAGUUCAAUCUAGUGGAUUAGAAAGAACUCGCCCCACUUGCCGAACUUAUUCAGCAAUUCAAGGAGCGUAAGAAUGAGAGCGAACAGUCUCCCACUAUGAAAAAGUUCUAUAAUAAUUAAGCACCACCCGCAUAAAAAUAAUAGAAAAAGAUUGAGGGUAUAAAAAGUAAAUCAAGGGCAGAUCUGAGUGAUACAGGAAUUGUGAAUGAAUAAGUGGGCGAUAAUGAGGUUCCCAUAAUUCUUCAUGAAUUGAAUGAUAGUGCAAUUCACUUCAUUUCAAGAGACCAAUAUGAGAGAGCAUUAUCUUUAUUACAGAAAGCGCAAACACUUAUUGAUAGACUUCAAUAUCAGAAGAAUCCAAAUGAUAGAUUCAUAGUAUUGUUAACUAUGCAUAAUAUGGCUUUAUGCUUUUAAAAACUUGGUGCUUUAGAAGAAUGCGCAUUAUGUCUCGAGGCCAGUCUUUAGUCUAUAAACUCCCCUUUUUUGCUUCCUAAAUUCCAGGGAGAUCCAUCAAGGAAACUGAAAAAACUAAAGUAUGAGUGCAAAGCUCACAUGCAAGUGUGUGCGCUACUUUCAUAACUUCACAGACAUAAGGAAGCACUUUAGCAUGCAGAAAAAAGCGUGAUGAUUGCCUAGUACAUGAUUAAUGACCUGUUGGUGAUGUGCUAGCAUUAUCAUGCUAAAGUAGUGCAAGCAAAGAAGAAUGAAUAAUUGGCAUAGGAGUUACUAAACAUGGGUAAUGAUUUAUCGAUUUUUAUCUUAUGUAAUUUGAUAGAUUCCAAUCAGUAAAACAGAGAAUUGAUUUACUAUGACGACACUGUAUCCAUGCUUGAGAGGACUGCAUAUAGAAUUUUACCUAUCAUAAAAGAAGUAGCCAGCAGAAUGAUAAAAAGUUCAAGUGAUUAACCUAAAAAAGAUAUGAAAAAAUAAAAUUCUGAUCAUGAUAGCGAAACAAUGAAACAAAAAUUGAACAUGAAAGCUGUUCUCGGGUAUUUGAAUUAGAGUGAGUGGCUUUACCUUUUAAACAUUGGAAAUAUUAUGCAAAUUACUCCUCUAACUGUUCACGAUCUCUAUUCAUGCCAGUAAUUUGAAGUUGAAUUGACUAGAGAUGCGAUUCUUGAAAAGAUGACCCUAAGAUUGACCCUUUAAGAAAGAAAAAAGAGAGUGAAUACUGGCAUGCUAAAGCCCUAGAAAUAUCUUGCAGUUUUCUACCAAGUGAGAGCCCCUUAGUCUCUCAUAUUUUAACUAGUUACUAAAAACAUCAUGCUCCUGUUUAGCAAGAAAUAUUAAAAUAAAAGAAAAAGUAUUGAUGGAAAAUAGUCUUAAUUGGCUUCACUUCCAUUUUCCCCAAACAAUUAAAACACUACUAACGCAUCUUAAAAUGGUUUUUUCUCAUCAUAAAUAGCAAAUAAAAUUUAAACUACUGAUUCAUCCUCUUCAAAUUUAGCUCCAUCACAGAGGCAAAAUUAAUAGCAAAAUAGAUUCAGCAAAAAUAAAAAUAAUGUACACAAUAAAAAUCCGAGGAACAAUAAUUAAGUAGAUAACUCAACGGAUGGAAUUCAAGUUGAUUAAUAGAAUCUUGAGGAUGGUCAAUCAGAAUAACUAUUAGAUAAUGCCAACAAAUCUAUGAUGGAUGUAAUGCCAUCUUCAAAUUACAAGAAACUUUUGAAUGAAUUUAGUAACAUACAAAAUUCAAGCGAUAUUAUUGAAGAAAAUGAUGAUGAUGAUAAAAAUGAACAGUUCUUCGAUGUGGAGGAGGAUGAAGAAGAUGAAGAAAACGAAGAGGAUGAUGAUGAAACUAAUCUGCAAAAUAAUAUGAGCGCCAUCGAAAAUGAUAUCUCACAAAUUCAUCAAGAAAGCUAAGAGGUAGAAUUAGUCAUGGAUGAAGUGAGGCGAAAAAGACAAAGCCAAACUGCUAAUAACGAGAAUAGACGGACAAGAAGUGGCUAAAACAGGAAAAACUAGUAAAAUAGCAACAUUAAUGAUAGUUCUUUGAAUGGUAGAGUACUUGAUAUAUCCUAAGAAGACAUUCAAAGUGAAGAUUCAGAAUUAGCUGGAGUAAGUGCUGAAAACAAUAGAAAUAAAUCAAGAUCUAAAAAUGCAAAGCUAGGCUAAAAUUUGUCACUUGAUGGAUAGGCUCAAAGAAACAAAAGGCCAAAAACCAGCUAAGGCAUUAGAAAGAGUACGAAGUAGAUUGGCAGUCAAAUAGAAAAGCAAAAUAACAGCAUGAAAACAACAAUUAAAAACAACCAUAAUAAUGCAGGUCAAUUUGUACCUAUAUCAGAUGGAAUAUCCCCUAAUAAUGAGAGCAAAGCAUUAGCAAACGGUUAAAUCCUUCCUAAUAGCAAUCAACUACUUAAUAAGUAUAAUACUGUUGCUAAUGGCUUCAAUACUGCUGCAAAUAUCAGUUAGAGUAUACUUUUCAGUGGAGUUUAAACAGAUCUUAAUGGUAACUCUACCCCAAUUAAAUAAAAUCACAGUGAAAGCAGAUAAAAAGUACAAAAUAAAAACAGAGAAGCUGUGAAUCUAAGCAGAGCUUAAAAUGACAGAGGUGAAACCUAAAACACAAAUUAAAGUAGUAGCUCAGAAUUGAUUUUGAAUAAAAGACCAACCUCAAAAUCUAAACGAAUUAAAAAUAUCGAGCAAGCUUAGAACAAUAAUAUUUCUGGUUAAAGUGCCAAUAAAAGAGGGAUCAAUAAUCUUAAUACAUAAUAAAAUUUUUUAGCUGUUGGAUAACAUAAUCAUUCUCAGCUAGUUACUUAAAAUCCUAGUAUGCGAAUGUAAAACAGCGCAACAAGUUAGAAUUUUUACGUGACUCCUGGUUAGAGAAGCAACAGUUAGCAGAAAAAGCAUAUUCAUAGUAGUGGGGGUAAAGGCAAGAGUAGUGUCUUUGUCGAUGGAAUCAAUUAGCAGUAGCAAAUUAGUUAACUAAUGUAGCACUAAUCUGCUAAAUAUAUAAACAAUAGCAGUCUUGUUGAUAGACCAUCAAUGAACGAUAUAUUUAUGAUCGAUAGACUAGCGAAAAAGAGAUAAGCAAAUAAUCAAAAUAAUAAUAACACUCAUGAGCAUUAACUUCAUUAACAGUCAUUUGAACUCCAGUAAAAUGAUCCAAAGUAUAAUUCUCAGAUUCUGAAUAAUAGUCAAAGUAGGUCAAAGAGUCGCUCAAAGAUAUAAAGUUAAAGAAGCAAAGACAAGCAAAAAUCAAAGAGUGGAGAGCAGCAGAAUUAAAAUAAUAUUGAAGAUCUCAAAAGAUAAAUUCUUCUGAAAUAAGCCCUGCUUGAUUCUAGCAAGAAUUCCCGCAGAAAGUCCUCUAGUAGUCUAAAUAAUUACAACUCGUAAGGAAAUCAAUAGUAAAAUAUCAUGCAAAAAAAAAGAGUGGAAAAUAUAAACUAAAGCUUGAGAGUUAAUGGGAAUGCCUCCUCACUUCAAUAGACUUAAGUAAAUUAGCAAAGCUAAUGGUCCGUAUCUUAGCAACAGUAAUUACUAAUAACAAACUAGAAAGGCAGUGGCACAAUAAACACUCAACAAUUAGUUAAAAAAUUCAUGAAAGAAAGGCAGUAACAGAACUCGAGUAGUCUUUAGCAGAAUACUAUCUUGUCACUAAAUAAUUCAAUGAUAGAAAAUUAUGCAACCUCAGGUGUGCCUUAAACUGGAGAUAUACAAACUUACAAACUCCAGCUUUCAAAAAAGAUACUACAGCAAUAGCAGAAAAUACUUGGAUAAUAAUAAGUCAAUAAUCAGUAACUCUAAUAAUAGAUGUUAUUACCAUAACAAAAUAGAUCUAAGGCUGGGCAAUAUAUUACUGAGUCACAUCCUAAGCAAAGGUCAGCUACACCUAUAUUGGAUGUCUAUGAUGGGGCCUAAUCCAGAGCAUAAAAGCAAAUCUCCCAAUUAUAAAAUCCUUCAACUAUCUAUUAAGGAAUAAAUAAUAUCAAGCAAGACAAAAGCUUGUCAGACAUAGUAAACAUCUAAUCUUCAUCUCAUUUCUAAUCGCAUAAUAUAAAUAUUAAGAAUAACAACAGCAUUUUAGCCACUAGCAAUAUAAACUAAAACUCAAGCAGCAAUAACGUUUCCUCACUAAAUCAGUUCUUGAAGGAAUACCAGAGUUUGUAGGACUUCAAUAAUUAGUCUCUGAGGAGUGGAGGGACAGCCUCUGGAGGUGAUGAUAGCUUUGUAAAGCAAAUUAAAAAGAAAGGCUCUAAAAAGGCCACUCCUAAAAAUGUACUAGCUAACAGCUAAUUUUCUUGGAUUUGA